UUUCCUGCUAAUUACCCUUGGAGGCCUUUCUGGCGACUCCAGGAGACUCCGAAAAAGGCUCCACUGGAUUCUUAUCUGGCGGCCACAGCCUCGGUGGUGGGAGAAAGCAGAGAGCGCAAAAGAGCCCUCCGGAUGGGGGGCUGGCCGUGGGGGACGGCGGCUGCUUUCUCUCAGGCGGCACAGCUAUGCCGCAGAUACCUGUUGGACUCCUGGAAAAGGAGUGCCCUUAGGGUUUGGUCCGUUCGGGGAGCACUCCGUGAACGCCAGCUGGAUUGCGGUUCAGGAACUGGAAAAACUCGGCCUCGGCAAAGAUGUGGAUCUCCACGUCUACGAGAUUCCUGUAGAGUACCAGGCGGUGCAGCGGCUGAUUCCUGCCUUGUGGAAGAAGCACAGCCCCCAACUCGUGGUUCACGUGGGCCUCUCCGGCAUGGCCACCACGGUGACGCUGGAAAAAUGCGGCCACAACGCGGGCUACCGGGGCCUGGACAAUUGCCGCUUCUGCCCGGGCUCCCACUGCUGCGUUGAAGGAGGCCCCGAGUGCAUUGAUUCGGUCAUCGACAUGGACGCCGUGCAUAAGAGGGUCUCCGCCCUCGGGCUGGACGUCACCAUCACGGUCUCGAAGGACGCUGGCCGCUACCUCUGUGACUUCACAUACUACAUGUCCCUCUACCAGAGCCGCGGCCGCUCGGCCUUCGUCCACGUGCCUCCUCUGGGGAAGCCCUACAGCGCCCAGCAGCUGGGGCGGGCCCUGCAGGCCAUCAUCGAGGAGAUGCUCGUCGUGUUGGAAAGCACCGAGAACAACAUCAGCUGCCACCACCAGCACUGAGCCCGGGGCGGAGGGCUGGCCGGUGCCCCCCCUCCUCCAUGGCACUUGCCCCAGGAACGCUCUGGACGUCUCCUCGGACUCUUCCU